CCAUCGAUAACCAUCAUCCGAGUUUUUGGGUUUUUUUCGUGUGCGUUGUUCCCUCGUGUUGGAGUUAAAUAUUCCAUUUAUUUCAUUGAUUUUUAAUCUAAUUCGCCGACGAAGUUAACCAGGGUGGGCUAAGAAGCACCUGGAAUCUGAAAGACAACAACUAAAACACUUGAGAGCAGUCACUACGCUCCGUAUUACAAGUGCCCUUGGCAACAAGUCAUUUUCCCCUUCCAUUCGUUGCGAAAGCUCCAGAGAAAUGCAAAACGGAAAGACGAGAUCCGCAACCAGGCCGUCGUACCACCGUCGCCCCAGAUCAGCAGUGCCCAACUCCUCAACGGAGAACUCUGCUCUUAAGCCAGAGAGCACGGAUAGCCAGUCUGGAAACGACGACAACGCCUGCGUGGUGUGCUUUAAGAACGUUGACAUCUACUCUAUCGGAGAUUGCGAUCAUCCCGUGUGCUAUGAGUGUUCCACCCGGAUGAGGGUUCUUUGUCAGCAGAACGAGUGUCCCAUCUGCCGCCACGUCCUCUCCAAGGUUCUUUUUACACUGGAGAAGCUGCCCUAUCGGGAACUGGAGGCCAACAACCGGUCCGAUUUCUAUAGCAAGAAGUAUCGCAUCGGUUUCUGCACCGCUGAGAUUCAGCAGCAGUUCUUCAAGCUGCUCGACCAUCCCUGCCCAAAAUGCGAUGCCCCUCCAUACCGAACCUUCCAGGGCCUCCGCAACCACGUGCGCACCGAGCACAGCCUUUUGUACUGUGAUCUGUGUGUGGAAACCCUCAAGAUCUUUACCUUCGAACGCAGAUGUUACACGCAGGCGGAGCUGCAGCUACACAACACUAAAGGCGAUCCGGACAAUCGAUCGCAUCGCGGUCAUCCGUUGUGUGAGUACUGCAAGAAACGCUAUUUGGACCGGGAUGAGUUAUUCCGACAUCUGCGACGGGAGCACUAUUUCUGUCACUUCUGCGACGCCGACGGCUGCAAUGAAUUCUACAAUGACUAUGCGGAUCUGGCGGAUCAUUUCCGACAGGAACACUUCCUCUGCGAGGAGGGCAAGUGCGCCACCGAACAAUUCGUCGGUGCCUUCCGUAACGAGAUUGAGUACAAGGCGCACGUGGCCAACAUUCACGGUAAGUCGCUCAACAAACAGCAGGUCAAGCAGACGCGUACCCUGCAACUGGAGAUUACCUUAGGCCCGCGUGGACGUAGUGGGCAAACAGAGCAAGGAAUAGCCAAUAUGCGGGCAAGAAACGAUGAGCAAAUCGACUACCUAGAUGAUUUACCUUCGAGUAGUCAGCGCCAUGUGAGCAUCGAUGCUGGUAAUGAGGAACAGUUCCCGACAUUGAGAGGUACAUCCACAGCUCCCAACGUGUCUUUGGUGAGACCGCCUCCGCCCUCAAUGCGCAAUCUUAGUGGCACUUCGGGUCUUGCUCGAACAAAAGAAAACUUUCCGGCUCUUGGAGGGGGAAAUGGAGCUGUUGUUGCUGGAUCCACUGGUAACAGCAUCGCCGCCAGAGCUGCGCAAUCCCAGCAUCCUGCGUCAGCUGUUUUCAAAAAACCUUCAAGUGCGGCCCCUAGCAGCCGGAACGGACCCCCGAGCAAUGGCAUGCUCUUGCACGUGUCUAACCGACCAGCAGCUGUGCCGAAAAAAACAGCCGCACCGCAGCUAGACUUCCCCGCUCUGCCGGGAAAGGGAAAUAAGAAGAACCAACGAAACUUGGAAGAGGACAUGUUGCCCAGCGGCUCUUCAGUGCCCAUGACGAAUAUUUCAGCUAAACAUCGGUCUCUGGCUGAUGAUUAUGUGUCAGUUGCAAACCCAAGCAACUUUCAGAAACUUCAGAUGGUACAAAAAGAGGAGGACGAGGCUAAGGCUCGCCAAGAGGCUUUGAAAAAGAGUGCGCCGAAGCUCACCUCAUCGGAAUUUCCUAGCUUGGGCCCAAGUGCCAGUGCCAAUUCCAGUAGAGUAAAUGCUGCAAGGCCAGUAAGUGGACCUGCUCCCGUGAACUGGGCAAAGUCAACUUCCGAGAAGAAGAUGCGUGAGCUGGAAAACCGAAAGUCCAAGGUGGCCCCUGCCCCGUUUUUGCCAACUUCGACAUCCAGACCCGCUCCCAAGGCAAAUAAUAACAAUGUCCAGGAACAGCAGGCAAAUAAAAAAGAUAAAAAACCGAAGGAAAAGAAGAGCAACCAGGAGAACAAUCAACCUAAGGCGGGCAAGCAGAAAGAGAAAAACAAUAACAACGAACAAAAAACCAAUGGAACUCCUCCUACGCCAAUACGUACUCCACCCGGGUUAGGGUCUGGAGGACCGCUCAAACCACCACCUGGAUUUGUUUCCAAUGUGACUGUCAACUCGGUGGCUAAGCUGCCCAACAAUCUCACGUUUACCAGUUCACUAGGAGAGUCCUAUAAUAUUGUACCUAGCCCCUAUACGUACACCGAUCCACCAGAUACCGGAUUUAGAAAUCAGAAAUUGGUGGAUGAAGUCAUGAACCAACUAAAGACCCCUGAGGCAUUGAACGAAUUUCGCACGCUGUCGUCCAAGUUCCGGGACGGAUCCUGUUCUGGUCAAGCGUAUUACGAGCACUGCCAGUGCGCCAUGCAGAGUUCAUUUUACAACUUGUUCCCGGAGCUGCUGGCCAUGCUGCCAGACAUAAGCAAGCAACAGGAACUUUAUCUGGUGCACAAACAGCAUAUGAAUAGCCUAUCGCCCGCCCAGCGCAAAUCCGUGCCCACACUUGAAGUUUGCAAAGUCUGCAAGCAGAUUCUCAUUACAGCCGACUUGGAGUGUCACCAGCAAGCGCAUGAGCUGACCAAGAACUUUCCCGUUCUCGGAAGAUCGCCUUCCAACUCGAGCCGAAACUAAGGCGUUCGAGUCUUAGGACAACAAAAGCUUUAUCCAUGUUUAUUUUCUAUGUAUAUACCGUUUCAAUCAACCAGAAGCCAUGUCCCUAGGUCAUGUGAGUGGAAAUCCGAAUGUGUAAUAGCCGAAUUAUAUCACAUAUAGCGCACCCUAUGAAGCAAUCUGUUCGAUGUGACUUAGUCCAGGCAGUAGAGU